AUAGUUGCACAUUUAAAUUCGGGUGUUACAUAAGUGGUCCAGAACUGCAAAAUUACAAUAUCACAAAACUAUUUAAUAAAGAGAAAUCUGACAAAGCCAAAAGAAUUGACCGUAUCUUAUACCCAUUAAUAAGCCAACAAAGUUAAAAAAGCAAAGUAACUAAAAUAAAUCAAUUCGAUUCUUGAAUGGUUUUAUUUCGCGGUUAUUACUUCCUAAAAAAGACCAGUAAGGUGUAUAUUUUAAUUGUAUUUGAUACAGUUUUCUCUGUUUUUUGCUGUUCUCCUUAUUUCACCUGUUUUGUCUCGACUGCGGCCCCCUUCCCUGCUUAUUUGGCGGGUUUUCUAUAAAUUUUGAAAGAACAGUUCACCACCGACAGUUCAUCAAUGAGAAUAAACUAGGCUGUUUUAAUUGGCAGGAUUGAGUAGUGUUGUGGACAGGAUGCGUCUCUUUUUUUUAACCAUUGCACUCUCUGCAGCUGGUUGCUUGGCUCAGGAAUACGAAGAGCUCGAACUGUACAACAAUUACGACGAAUACGGGCCGUUAACUGACGCUGCAGGGGGCGGAGGCAGUAAGGGGCAAACAAAACUAGGAUUCAGUGCAGGCAGUGGUUUGAGGAGUAUCGCUGAAGGGUCCUUCAAUUCUGCCAACGAUGCCGUCAACAACCAGGAUGCCGCUGGUCACCAAGCGGCAUUUGUGGCCAAAAACACCUUGGCGCAAGCCGCAGCUGGGGCUCAGCGUUCGGCGGACGCCACAAUGCGUGCAGCCCAGGAAGCUCGCGCCCAUGUCAACGUCCUCACCAACACGCUGAACGCCGCCCAGACCAACGCCGACCACAUGACCCAGGCGGCCUCGGAGGCGGCCGGCGAGCUGGCAGCCCAGCAGUCCAUGGUGGGCUCAGCCAAGCAGAGAGUGGACCAGCUCAGUAAGCAGUUAGCGAGCGUCCGCAUCGACUUCGAGGCCACGAGGGCGGCGGCACAGAAGGCCCAAGCUGCCGCCCAGGCGGCCGCCGCCAACGCCGCCGCCGCCGCGGCAGCGGCCGCCGCCGACCUGGCCAAAAGCGCCCCCUCGCCGGCCCCAUCCGCCGGGAAAGGGGGCAAUGGCGGCGGCGGCGGCAAGGGGAGUUCCGGCGGCCAGGGGGGCAAAGGCGGCGGCCAAGGGGGCAAAGGCGCCAGCGCAGGGAAAUAUAUUCAGGGGAUUGAAGGCAAUGUGGCGUACGUUGAAGACAAUUUUUAUCACCCCUUUCACUACAGCAAGUAAAGGAGCUAGUUAAUUUUUUGUGAAUUUUUUUACCUGUUGUUACAUAUUUAUUUGGGCUGUUUUACAUAAAUAAAAGAUUCUUUCUA